CUCUUCGGCUGCCUCAAACUUUUUUGAAAGCGCACCCUGCGGAGUUCAUUUAGGGAAUGGAGGUUAUGGAUAGGUAUCUUUGUGUGGAUAUUCUUUUGUAUAUGCCAGUCAUGCGGCUAUCCAACUGAUGCAAAGCAGCAAUGAAAAGCAUGAAAUGAUCUUGAAUUAUUUUGGCAAAUAUCCGUUUCAUAUUUCAGCCGUUUUUCGCACUGGAUGCAUUCUGCUUUUUAAAAAAUGAAGUUACAGGCUCGUUUCGGCUAUAUGAGUUGACUAAAACCAUCGAUAUGGUAAACUGAGUUCUUGAAGUACAUUAUUUUGUAUUGGUUAGCGGUUAAAAUACUUUGCGCAAAAGAUGCUGGCGAGGAAGAGCAUCAUCCCCGAAGAGUUUGGGCUCCCGGGACUCGCAUCUCGCAUGCCGCGGAAGCCCGUUUUCAGGGACAGGGUUAACAAAGCCCGCUUUAUUGCCAAAAACGGCUCCUGUAACUUGGCGCAUAAGAACAUCCGCGAGCAGGGACGGUUUCUGCAAGACGUCUUCACCACGCUGGUUGAUCUGAAAUGGCGCUUCACGCUGGUGAUAUUCACCAUGACGUUCCUGUGCAGCUGGCUACUCUUCGGGAUGGGGUGGUGGCUGGUGGCGUUCGCGCACGGGGACAUGGACUCCAACCGCUCAAGAAGCGAGCAGUGGUGUGUCACUAAUGUCAAGUCGUUCAGCUCGGCCUUCCUGUUCUCCAUCGAGGUGCAGGUGACCAUCGGCUUCGGCGGGCGCAUGAUCACGGAGCAGUGCCCGGCGGCCAUCGGCGUGCUGAUCCUGCAGAACAUCGUGGGGCUGAUCAUCAACGCCAUCAUGCUGGGCUGCAUCUUCAUGAAGACGGCGCAGUCGCACCGGCGGGCCGAGACGCUCAUCUUCAGCCGGCACGCCGUCAUCGCCGUGCGCAACAACCGCCUCUGCUUCAUGUUCCGCGUGGGCGACCUGCGCAAGAGCAUGAUCAUCGGCGCGGCCGUGCGCCUGCAGGUGGUGCGCAAGACCACCACGCCCGAGGGCGAGGUCAUCCCCAUCCACCAGAUCGACAUCCACACGGAGAGCACCGUCACCAGCAACAGCAUCUUCCUGCUGGCGCCGCUCAUCAUCUGCCACCCCAUCGACCGCGACAGCCCCCUCUACGACCUCUCCGCCAUGGAGCUGCAGUGCAGCGACCUGGAGGUCAUCGUCAUCCUGGAGGGCGUGGUGGAGACCACCGGCAUCACCACGCAGGCCCGCACCUCCUACGUCACCGAGGAGAUCCAGUGGGGCCACCGCUUCGUGCCCAUCGUCACCGAGGAGGAAGGGGUGUACUCGGUGGACUACUCCAAGUUCGGGAACACGGUGCGCGCCACCACGCCGCGGUGCAGCGCGCGGGAGCUGGACGAGAAGCCCUCCAUCCUCAUCCAGACGCUGCAGAAGAGCGAGCUGUCGCACCAGAACUCGCUGCGCAAGAGGAACUCCAUGCGCCGCAACAACUCGGUGCGGAAGGGCGGCGGCUCCAUGCGCAGGAACAACUCGGCGCUGCUGGUGCCCAAGGUGCAGUUCCUCACGCCCGACGGCAGCCAGAACAUGGCCGUCACGUGACAGCGGGCCUGGAGGCCGCUGCUGGCCCUCUGCUGCCUGGCCACCGCCGGGGCUCCCCGCUGUCCCUGGGCCCUUCUGGAGCUUUCCCUCCUGCUCUUCCCCCUUCUCGUUCCUCUGUAUUAACGCCUGGCAGAGCUACUGAGACGUGUUAGUUUUGUUUUUUUUUGUUUUGUUUUUUACCGCUCCCUCGGUCAGGCCCUAGGUUGCUCGCUUGGUGCCGUCGUGGCAAACGACCAAAAGAGGAGCCCCGUCCUAGCCCAGCGGAGGAUGGGCUCCCCCUCUAUAGCCAGGCUCCUCCAGAUAUUUCCUCAACCUAGGGUGUUUUUUUUUUUGUACCUCCCUUCGCUCACUUUUUGAGGGAUCAAGCCUGGCUUUUUGCCCAAUUCUCCCUCUCCGUUUCCUCUGUACAGUGUCUUUGGGACAGAGUAUAGAAAUAUAAUUGAAUUCACUGAGGGCUUCAGGGCUUAAAGAGAAGUUUUGGAACAAAAAACGCUGCAACCCCAUGACGGUCCCUUUGCGGUCAGGGGUGGUGAGGCUUGGUCCCAGGUGGCCGAGGGUGGCCUUGGGUUCUGCUGGCUACGGUUUCCAUCUUGGCUCAAAAAGCGCAACUCUCUCCAGCACAGGGAAUGGAUACGGCCUGAGGAUGUAAUUAUCAGUCCUCCUUACACAUUAGUUACUCUUGGUACGGAGGAGAAACGGUGUGUCUGUUUUAUGUUUAUCAUUCACAAUACUAUUAACCCAUUGGUAUUACUUGUAAGGAGUCAAAAUAUACAAACUAUAAAAAUGUAACAUGAUAUAGAAAUAAUAUUAAUCUAAAUAGGCAAUGUUAAGUCUGUAUUUAAUUGUAAGCUGUUUAUUGCAUAUCUCUGAAUGUUUUUGUGUAGCUUAUAAUAUAUAUAUACACAUUAAAGUCACAAGUUAAAUUAAAACUAUCAUGUAAUGUUAAUAAUGUGUCAAAAAAAAUCUUUAAAUAAGAACCAAACAGUUUUGCCAAAAUAUACAUGGCACAGAAAAAACUUGAACCGACUGGAUAAUAUUGUACAAACCUUUGCAAUAAUUAUUAUCAUUUGAAAGAAAUGUACAGUUUUUGAUUGUUUGCGAUCCUUGAAAGUGUCUCUGACAACGAAGCUAUAAUAAUAUUAUAAAAAUUAUAAUAUAAAAUAGAAAAAUAUUUAUACGAAAUGCUUCACAUAAUUAUCCAUGUUGUUACAUCCUUUUACAUUAUAAAAUGUUUUACUUUCACAGUUUCCCGCAAACACUUGUAAGUCUCAUGUCAUGAAAAAGAAAUAUAACAAAUACAUUUGUACUUUAUGCGUGUAUCAGUAUAAUCAAGUGUCAGAAAUUUGUGUAAAUUACUAAACUAUGAGUACGUAGUCCAUCUUAAGCUUUUUUUUUUUUUUUCAUCAUUCUCGUGCAAGUGCCCAAGCUCUCCGAGUUUCCCAUGACCCAUGGAUGAACUGAACCGCAGGGAGAGCAGCUGCUCCUCGUUAAAAGGGACACAAGGAGAAGCGUCAAAGCGCAGCGACUGCUUCUGUGCGUCUCCUGCGGUGGGAAAAACCCAAAGGCGUCUGCAAAACUGGCACGAGAAUAAAGAAGGAAACUACGGCUGAUAAUUUCCUUGUAAAAGGCGAGCGAUCUUAAUUUUGUAUUUAGUCGUGGAAGUUGAAGUGCACCGCCGAAUGUUCUGUCGAUGUGACUUUCGUCCCAACUCCGUAUAAAUGACACCUGACCUGCGCUUGCCGUUUCGGGGUUUUGGUCUGUGUUUUUUUGCUGUUUUUACUCUUUCCGCACAGCGUCUUUGUGACGGUUUUCUGUAAAUAGCACGAUGCGAAUAAAAUUGAUUUGAUUCAA